UCACCUGAACCCCCUCCCUGUGGGGCCUAAACUGGGCUCUCCCAUUUCCUGGAGAUCCACGUGGCUCCUCUGGCAUUAGGUGCCAGUCAGGGCUCUCUCUGUCUCGCCUCCUCAAGUGACCCUGCCUAUCUGUAGAGCAGCUCUUGGCCAAGACCCAGCAGCAGAGAGCUAUGGAGCAGUACAACCUCGAGGAUGAGGGUGCCCUUCCAUCUGAGAUGCACCUCCCUUCCUUCUCCGAAAGCCAAGGGCUCAACUGCAGCGACACCCUCACCCGAGACCUGGGUCCCAACACACGAGACUUGCUCUAUGCCGGCCUGAGCGGUUUGGGCCUGGACCCCAGUCUGCCGGCAUCUGACAUGCCCAGCGAGGUGCUUGAGGACAAUUUGGAUGCCGUGUCCCUGUACUCGGGGAAGGACAGUGAUUCCGUGAAGUUGCUGGAGGAGUACACGGACCCGGAGUCACAGAAUUCCUUACAAGACCUGGGGCUAGGCGCGCUUAAGGUGCCUAAAGAGGCGGACGAAGGAGGCAGGGCCACCUCUGGGAGUGCCAGGAGAGGAAAGCGGCAGCACAGCUCCCCUCAAAACCCACUCCUGGACUGCAGCCUCUGUGGGAAGGUGUUCAGCAGCGCCAGUUCUCUUAGCAAGCACUACCUGACGCACAGCCAGGAGAGGAAGCACGUUUGCAAAAUCUGCAGCAAGGCCUUUAAGCGUCAGGACCACCUGACGGGGCACAUGCUUACCCACCAGAAGACCAAGCCCUUCGUGUGCAUCGAGCAGGGCUGCAGCAAGAGCUACUGCGACUACCGCUCGCUGCGCCGCCACUAUGAGGUCCAGCACGGCCUGUGCAUCCUGAAGGAGGCCCCUCCAGAAGAGGAGUCCUGCGGGGACUCCCCCCACACCCACGAGAUGACCAGCCAGCCGACGCCCGGUGGCCUGCGGGCCCUGGUGCCCCCGGAAGCCAGGUCCCCAGGCUCCCUGCUGCCCAACCGGGACCUCCUGCGCUGCAUUGUGAGCAGCAUCGUGCACCAGAAGAUGCCGGCUCCCGGUCCAGCCCCAGGGAUGCCCUCAGACCCCGAGGUGAGGGCUGCGACCUGCCUCUGCCCAGCCUCUGCAGGCUCCUCCACCUACACCCCGGCAAACACCCUGGCGAGCACCCCAGCGGCCCUAGGCACUGAGGGUCCUGAGGAGCCUCGUCCCCUGUGCAAGGAGCCAGGCGGUGUCGAUGGGUUUGCAGGCGUCCAGCCACGGGUGGGGGAGAAUGGGGCCCCCGAUGCCCCCGAGGCAGAGCUGCCUGUCCUCCAGCUCCCAGCCACUCUGGAGGGCUGGCCUGACAGCGGGCCCCUGCCUGCCUGCCUGCCUGUGUUCCGAAGCCAGACCAUCCCCUCCAGCUCCCAGCCGUCUGGCCCCAACUUCCAGUGGCUCCGGAACCUGCCAGGCUGCCCCAAGAGCAAAGGCAACAACAUGUUCGUUGUUCACAAGCCCCCCACGGCACCGUCCCGGGAGGGCUCAGAGUCCAGCCCAGGGCCCAGCAGUGCCUCCCCUGGGGUGGAGGCCUCGUCCAACUCGGGUGCCAGCCUGGAGGACAUGCUGCCCUUCCCUGCCGCGCUCCUGAAGGCUCCUGGGGAAGCCUUGAGUGACACCAGAGGUGCCAGUGGGGAAGACGACACCUGGGCCUCCAAGAAGAGCAAGUCUGAGGGUGACUCCUUGUCAUGGCAGAGUUCUGGGGAGCCCGGCCCCCAGGACACCCAGAAAGCAGGUGGGCUCCCGGCAGAGGCCACACCACUCUUCCGGCAGCUCUUCCUGAAGUCGCAGGAGUCAUUGGUGAGCCACGAGCAGAUGCAGGUGUUCCAGAUGAUCACCAAGUCUCAGCGCAUCUUCUCCCACACCCAGAUGGCCACUGCCCAGCUCCCUGGGCCUGAGGCCAAGCCAGCCACCCUGAAGCCGCUGCCCGGGCCAUGGCCGCAGCAGCCCCCACCGCUGGUGCCCACUGUGGACUCGCUCCAUUCAGGUGCGGAAAACCCGGAGCCAGAGGGGUCCCCAGCCCGCAGGAAGAAGUCCAUGCCCACCUGUCCCCGGGAGACCUCCCUGGGCAGCACACGACGGGAGGUGAAGGGAGGACCGAAGGUGGCCACCGCUCAGCCAUCCCUCGAGUCCUCAGCUCUGGACCCUUCUGCUAACCCGGAAAUCUCUUCUCUGGCUAAGCAGCUGCGAUCUGUGAAAGGGUCCUUGGACCUGGGGGACAUCAUCUCCCCCUCAUGCCCGAGGCAGAGCCAGCUAGGGGGCGAUGAGGUGCCUGGUGCCCAGCUGCCCGGGAAGCAGGCCCAGGCUGAGAAUGGUACAGCCUCAGGGGCCAUGAAAGGUGACAAGGGCCUGGCCUGCUCCCGGGGUGCGGGCUACAGGCUCUUCUCGGGCAACCCCAGGAGCCAGCGCUUCUCUGGCUUCCGGAAGGAGAAGGUGAAGAUGGAUAUAUGCUGUGCGGCAUCACCAAGCCAGGUAGCCAUGGCCUCCUUCUCUUCAGCUGGGCCCCUGGCAGACCCCCCGCGGGACACCAAGUCCAAGCUGACCAUAUUCAACAGAAUCCAGGGUGGAAAUAUCUACAGGCUCCCUCAUCCGGUGAAGGAAGAGAGUGCAGCGGGUGGAUGUGACCAGCAAAACGGGAGUCCUGCCGACCGGACAGAGCCAAGGAACACUCACGUCUGCAAGAACUGCAGCCAGAUGUUUUACACCGAGAAGGGCCUGAGCAGCCACUUGUGUUUCCACAGCGACCAGUGGCCGUCACCGCCUGGGAAGCAGGAGCAGCAGGUGUUCGGCUCGGAGUUUUGCAAGCCACCGAGACAGGUGCUGAGGCCAGAUGGGGAUGGGCAGAGUCCCCCAGGGGCCAAGAAGUCCGUGGACAAUGCAGCAGCAGCCCCUCUGGUGAUCCCUGUGUCAGUACCUGUGGCCCCAGGGACCCGGCUCCCAGGGAGCGGAGCCAAGGGACAAGAGAAAGACGGGGAGGAGAGAGACAGCAAGGAGAGCAGCCAACACAGAAAGCGGAAGAAGCGCCCCCAACCCAAGACACUGUUCAUCCCUCCUCCACCCUCCACGUUUGGGGAGCCAGGCCCUGGAGGGUGCCACCAGAGCUGCCUGCGGUCCCCAGUGUUCCUGGUGGACCAGCUCCUGAAGGGCCUAUUCCAGUGCUCCCCCUACACGCCGCCCCCCAUGCUCAGCCCCAUCCGGGAGGGCUCAGGGUUGUACUUCAAUACCCUCUGUUCCACAGCAGCGCAGGCUGGCCCCGACAAGCUCUUCAACACUGUGCUUGAUCCAGUGGAUGGUUCUUUUGGCAUCUGUGUGGUGAAGGACAACACCAAGAUCAGCAUUGAACCACACAUCAACAUAGGAAGCCGGUUUCAGGCUGAGAUCCCGGAGCUCCAGGAGAGGUCUCUGGCUGACACUGAUGAACACGUAGCCGCUCUGGUCUGGAAGCCGUGGGGAGACGUGAUGACCAACCCGGAAACGCAGGAUCGAGUGACGGAGCUCUGCAACGUGGCCUGCUCCAGCGUGAUGCCAGGAGGGGGCACCAACCUGGAACUCGCGCUGCACUGCCUGCACGAAGCCCGGGGCAAUGUCCAGAUUGCCCUGGAAACGCUCCUGCUCAGGGGACCCCAGAAGUUGCGGACUCAUCCACUCGCUGACUAUCGUUACACAGGUUCGGACAUCUGGACCCCCAUGGAGAAGAGACUCUUUAAGAAGGCGUUCUGUGCCCAUAAGAAGGACUUUUACUUGAUACACAAGACGAUCCAGACAAAGACGGUCGCCCAGUGUGUUGAGUACUAUUACAUCUGGAAAAAGAUGAUCAAGUUUGACUGCGGCCGAGCCCCAGGGCUAGAGAAGAGGAUCAGGAGGGAGCCAGAGGAGGUAGAGAGGACAGAAGAGAAGGUCGCUUGCAGCCCUCGGGAAAGAUCCAGCCACCGUCCAACUCCCGAGUUAAAGAUAAAGACCAAGAGUUACAGGAGGGAGUCCAUCCUCAACUCCAGCCCCAACACAGGCCCCAAGAGGACCCCCGAGCCGCCAGGGAGUGUGGAGAGCCAGGGCAUCUUCCCAUGCAGAGAGUGUGAGAGGGUGUUCGACAAGAUCAAGAGUCGGAAUGCCCACAUGAAGCGGCACCGGCUCCAGGACCACGUGGAGCCCAUGGUCAGGGUGAAGUGGCCAGUGAAGCCCUUCCAGCUGAAGGAGGAGGAAGAGGAGGAGGAGAUGGGGGCUGACAUCGGCCCCCUGCAGUGGUGAGGCCGGGCCGGCCCAACGGGCUCUGCAGGCCUUGUCCUGGGGAGGCAUCAGCCCAGUGCUGGGGGCGCCUUCCUGCCCCUCGCUUUCCCCGCCAACAGCCCA